AUGAAGGUCAUAUCAAUAGUAUUUUUGUUAUUAUUUACUUUAACGAAAGCGGACGAUCAGCUUCCUUUAGCUGAACCAUGUGAUCCAGAAUUAUGCAAGUUACCAAGUUGUCGAUGCUCGUCAACGGAUAUACCCGGAAAUCUUCAGCCUAGGGAUACGCCACAGUUUGUUAUGCUAACGUUUGACGAUGGCGUUAACGUAAUCAAUAUGGAAAAUUAUCAACAAAUUGCUUACAAUCGCCGCAAUAAAAAUAAUUGUCCUAUAGGCGUCACUUUCUUCAUAAAUCACGAGUACACCAACUACCAGCUUGUCAACGAGUUGUACAACCAACAUUUUGAAAUUGCACUACAUUCGGUUAGCCACCAAACGCCACAGAGUUACUGGGCGGAGGCGUCUUACGAUGAUAUGAUGAAAGAGUUCGGCGAUCAAAAAUUACAAAUGGCUCAUUUUGCAAACAUUCCAAUCAAUGAAAUUAAAGGUGUUCGCAUACCAUUUCUUCAAAUGACAGGCAAUUCUAGUUUUCAAGUAAUGGCUGAAGUCGGCUUACAAUAUGAUGCUACGUGGCCUACUAUUCGUUUUACUAAUCCGGGAUUAUGGCCUUAUACGCUUGAUUAUGCUUCAACUCAAGAUUGCUUUAUUCCGCCAUGUCCGACGGCUUCAAUUCCUGGCCCUUGGGUUCUACCAAUGAUCAGCUGGAUAGAUCUAAAUGGAAACCCUUGUUCUAUGGUUGAUUCUUGUUAUUCUGUGCCACCUCGGGACGAUGAAGACCAAUGGUUCGAGUUUAUACUGACAAACUUCGAAAGACACUAUCUCGGCAAUCGGGCACCAUUUGGUUUUUUCAUUCAUGAAUGGUACCUUUCCGCUUAUCCAGCAGUCAAACGAGCCUUAAUCAGAUUUAUGGACUUGUUGAACAACCUUGAAGACGUUUUCAUGGUAAAUGGAGGCGAUGUCAUAGAAUGGGUUAAAAAUCCUAUUCCUAUAAAUGAAUAUAAGAAGAAACCUUGUAGAACUUCACCACCAGCCGCUUGCAACCGAUCUAGUUGCGGUCCCUUGCGAGGAGAUCAUAAUGGACUGGAUUACUGGAUGCAGAUAUGCAAUACAUGCCCUAAAGUUUACCCAUGGCUUGGAAAUCCCUUGGGACGUUAA